AUGGCGACGCGAAACAUUAGUACCAACACAAAUGCGCAGAGCAGCGCCGCACCGCGCCCGUCGAUGGCUUCCUCGGGCAGCGCCGUGAAGGCGAGGCAGUUGACCCAGCUUCACUCGCAGUUGGCGCAGCUCUCUGCUAACCUCGCCGAUACCGAAAACCUCCUGCGCAUGACUAGCGUGCAGGCUGAGUGCAUGCGCGGCCUGGGGAGCUGGCAUGGCGGUUUGUUUAUGGCUGCCAGUAAAGUCCUCGGAGAAGAGUCGGUACAGCAGGGGAGCCAGAAGUGA